AUGAGCACUCAAUUUGUCAACCAGGCCGCGUGGCAGACUGGAGCAAAUGUGAAGCCUCUGAGUGUUGGCCCAGGUCCAGACCAAAAUAAUCCGGCCUCCGAUGAAGUGAUCAUCAAAGUCGAAUACGUUGCCAUCAACCCAUCUGAGUGGAAGUUCCAAGACUUCAACUAUAUUCCAGUGCAAUUCCCACAUGUCCUUGGGAGUGACGUCGCUGGGACGAUUGUCAAGAUUGGGGAUGGGGUAACUCGCUUGAAAGAGGGCGACCGAGUUAUUGGCCAUUGUCUCGGCUUGUCGUUCGGCGGAGCAAAGCAUGGUGGCUUCCAGCAUUAUACAACCUGCCGCGAGGUCGUCGUUGCAAAAGUUCCCGACAGCAUACCCCUUUCGCACGCAGUGGUUCUGCCUCUUGGUCUCUCCACCUCCAUUGUGGGCCUAUUCGAGAUUCUCAAGCUCGACCUGCCCACUCUUGGUGGCGAGAAGAAGGCCAGGACAGUCGUGAUCUGGGGAGGCAGCUCUUCGAUGGGCAGUACUGCAAUCCAACUGGCUGUUGCUGCAGGAUACGACGUCGUGUCCACUGCCAGUCCACGUAACUCUGGAUAUGUCAAGGCACUAGGUGCCCAAGACACCUUCGACCACACUGACUCCGAAGUCGUCAGCAAUAUCCUCAAGAAAUUGGACGGUCGCACAGUAGCAGGUGUCUACGACUGUAUCGGCGAGGAAGCCACAACCAAAGCAUGCGCAGCCAUCUUAUCACAAGUGGGUGGUGGAAGUCUCGCAACUGUUUUGUGGCCACCGAGUGAUCUCCCUGCUAACGUGCAGGCUUCAAUGGUAUUCGCUACCAAUCCUGGCUUGGUUGCUGACCACCCCGGGGUGAAAGUAUGGCGCGACUUUGUUGAGUCAGCUUUGGAAACAGGCAAACUCCUCCCAAAGCCAGAGCCUAAGGUCUUGACUGGUGGUCUUGCAGUUGUUCAGGAUGCCCUCGAUCUUCAGAAGAAGGGUGUUUCGGCCCAAAAGGUCGUCGUGCAACUAUAG